AUGAGCGGUCAGGCCGGUAAUCCACCACAAGGCGGCGACGCACUGGCUCAAGGCAUUGGUGCACUGACCAUCGACAGCUCGACUACAAGUACCACUGCGGCUCCUACAACUGGUCAACAUGCUGCGGCGCCUGUACCGUCCGUGGCGCUGAUCAACGAUCCCGAGAUCGAUUCCAGAGAAAUGAACGAUUAUAUUUCCGCACCGGCUGCUUCGAAUUAUGCGAACGGCAGUGCUGUGAACGUCAAUCUGGCAAGUCAGAAACUCCAGUCAUUGACAGGUCAACUGAAGUAUUCUAUCACCGAUUUCUCCGAGACCGAAACGCGCGCCGGCAAGCGACGCCUGAUGAGGACUGCCAUUCAGUCAGUCAGUUUCCUAAGAGAUAACGAAGCCUCCUUCGCCACCGAUGAUGUCAACACGAUCAUCUCAUGGAUUAGAUUGCACGACAAGAUCACCACCACCCAAGUGCAAGGUGGCGCUGCAACUAGCCAAGGAGCAGAAUGGCCCCUUGUGGACAUCACUGACAAGGACGUCACGCAUCAUCUGCGCUUUGGGUAUCUUCGUGAAGUAGACACAAGCGAACUCCUAGCCUUCAUCAAGACGGAGCAUCCCGCUUCGUCUUCGUUCAGCCCAACACCGACAGAAAAUGCCCUCAACAUCGUCCUGCGCAAGUGCAUCUCUUCCAACAACACCCUACACUUGAACGGAAACAAAUUCUACCUCAAGGACGCCUGGGUCGCUAUCGGGGGAAACUCCCUCCAGAGCCUGAGAGGAUUGACAUGUGCAGUCAAACCAGCAAUGGGGAACCUACUUCUCAAUGUGGCUCCCACAACGAGCGCCUUCUGGAGGCCUCUAUACGUCAGUGAGGUUCUUGCAAAAGGCCUUGCUCCCUUUAGAAACGAUGAAAACGCGUUGAGGGGUCUGCGAGUCUACGUCACUUACGAUCGUGGCCAGAACUCCAAAUCUCAAAACUCAGACAUCAACAAACAUCACUCCAGAAUUAAGCCCAUCCGUGGCUUUGGCCGCCCGUGUAAUCAGCAGAGGUUCAAGUAUCAGGGAUAUGAUAAGAAGGGGAAGUCGCUUCCAAUUGUAGACAUGACCGUCUCAGCGUACCAGCAAACAGAGUCUCAGAAGAUCUACGGAAAGACAAUUCCAGAUUCUAUCGCUGGCUUGUUCCACAAGCAAUCCAUCACGUUACCUCUAGAGAUGCGCGCAAGGAUUGCAGAAGGUCUGCAACGCUUCACCAUGAACGCACAAGGUCAACUAACUGCAUGCCUGACCAUAACUUUCAAUCGCGAAACGAUUCAGCUUCCUGCUGUUGAAUUGCCAUCGCCACUCAUACAGUAUGCCCUGAAGAAACCUGGCGGUGCGCUUGCAAACAUCCCCGUCCAAGCCAAUACUGGACGAUGGAACCUCGUCAAUGAUCGCUUCAUAAGGGGAAGCAGCCAACGUCUUGCGUGGAAGCUCUUCGUUGCUCCGAACGUCGAGAACAAGCGUGCCACCACGGAAUGCGAGCGACAGGCGCCUUCAGUAACUCCUUCCAUCAAGGGAAACCCGUGCAUCUCGCCGAUCUACAUGAAAAAAACUCUGCGCGAAGCCAUUCAAAAUCUGUUGGAUGAACAAACGAAGCGACCCAACAUUGUCGUGCUGCUUCUCGACAGGAAAUGUCAAGACACCUAUUUGAGCUUCAAGUUUCUGACCGACAAAGUGUUCGUUCUUUACUCGAUUUGCGCUGCGGCGGAGACUUUUAACAAACAGCAAGAUGUCCGACAAUACAUGACCAACAUCGCCAUGAAAGCUAACCUCAAACAAGCUGGUAUCAACCAUAUAACGACUGGCAUCUCUACCAUUCUGAGAGACACUCUAGUCCUAGGUGCAGAUAUCACACAUCCUGGGGCCGGUGCGCUGCAGGCACAACGCCAUCAGGGGCACAGCACAGCCUUGUCACUACUUCAUCCUCCGCAACGACAUGGGCAUAAGCUCUUACGAUCUGCAAAAACUGACUCACCGGCUGUGCCACACCUAUAUGCGCGCCACCGUGGGCGUCUCGUACGCCGCUCCCGCAUACUACGCAGACCGACUCUGCGAGCGAGGCCGCGCCUACCUCCGGGACUGGUUCAGCCCAAGCAAGUACUGGCGCAGUCAAUACAACACGGCGAAAGCAAAAGCCGAGAUGGACAUCGCGGCCCAGAGGCAGCAGGCCAACAGCAACAAGCCAGCGUGGGCGCGCAACACGAAGAGAACCACCCAAGAGAUUCAAGACGCUAA